AUGUCAUCAGGUUUUGAUUGUACAGAUAAGAUAUGCCAGUAUCAUUUGCGUGGGAGAUGUAGUUGGGGCAUCACUUGUCAGAAUGUACAUUGUGAUUUGCCGUAUCAGUGGAGAUGGAGAGAAAGCUGGUCAAACAGAUGGACAGCUUUUGGAGAGAAUGAAAAUGAACGAAUAGAACAGGCGUUUUGUGAUCCAGCAACUGAAAAGUACAUAGCAUCUAAUGGAAUGACCAUAUAUUUUAAAAGCAUGAGUGAUAGUGAUUAUGAAGGAAGAUGUUUUAAAAUAGAAAGAUUAUCAACACCGUCAUCGGUAAACCAUGGCAACCAAACAUGGAGAACAAAAUGGUUGUGGUAUUGGAAAAACCCCGAAGGCAGAUGGAGAAAGUAUGGACAUUCGGAUAAGUAUGAAGGAAAUGCAGCUAAAAUAAAAAGCAAUGAGUUAGAAGCAGCUUUUGUUGCCGACCCAACUGGUGGAGCAAACUUUAGGACAACAGGGAAAUGUUCAUAUGGCUAUAUCGUCUCAUUUCGCAGUAUGACACAGCGCAAUACUGAAUAUGAUACCAUAAGGAAAAUGCGCAGACGGCCCAAAUUCAUCAACAAACUCGAUUUUGAAUUGAACCAUCUGAGAUACGUACACAAUUCAGGCAGUGGAAUGAGUAAAACAAUAAUGGCACCGGAAAACUGGAUGAUACCAGUUUGGAAAGAGCUUUCGGAUCAUAUUUUAAUUGUACCGCUGAAUAAAUCAGAUUCAGAAUACAAAGAAAUAGAAAAUGUCUUCCUCAAAACUCUGUGGAAAGUUCGUAUUAAAUCAAUAGAAAGGAUUGAAAAUGGUGAUUUGUGGGAAAAUUACAUGAUGAAGAGAUCGAAAAUGUUGAAACAGAAAAAAGACAUUGGAGAAACAAGAGUGUUUCACGGUACAAAGAACAAUAAUAUAUCUGCCAUCUGUAAGCAAGGGUUUGACUUCAGACUCAAUGGUCAAGCAACAGGUACAAUAUACGGAAAAGGUUGUUAUUUUGCGACUAAUUCAAGCUACUCUGAUAGCUAUGCAGAGCGUGGUAAAGACAAAUCAAUGUUUGUUGCAAAAAUUCUGCCAGGAGAAUACGUAUGCGGAGAACAUAAUUACAGUCGCCCUCCACCUAAAGACAAAUCAGAUAGAGCCAGCGAUCUAUACGAUUCAUGUGUAGAUGACGACCAGAAUCCAACGAUCUUCGUGAUAUUUGACAACAACCAGAUGUAUCCAGAAUAUAUGAUUCGAUACAAACGCAAGUAG